AUGUUUUGUAAUAUUUCUAGAGCUCCUGGUAAAGCGGGCUCGCGUUUAUUUACGCUUCCUGCUGCCAGAAGUUUUUCUUCUGCCCCCAUGCGUUGCUCGAUUGGCUCUCGAAAAGUUUCCAUGAGUAACUUUGAAAAGGUAAGUCUUUCUUUGAUAUCUAAGGCAUCCUCUCUGUUUUUGACUUUAUGCCAAAAAUGCUAA